AUGGUCGACGGGGACGUGCAGAUCACUGGGGAGGUAGAUGGCCUGCGGAGUGUCGAUGUCCAGAUAGACAGCCGUGGGGUGGCAAUCGACUUCGCGCCGCCCAGCAGAGAGGCGAAGAGCCGGCCACUGGUGGUGCUGGCUGACGGAAAGGAGGGAGAGUUCCUGCCGUGGGCCGAGGAGGUGCACCGGUGUUCAUCAACCGACGAGGAGAAUCAGAAGGAGGACGAAGAUGCAGGUGCAGCAGGCAAGACCUGGGAGAGGGCAGCGUCGAGGAUUCACAGGCAGGCAACGAGAAGAGGAGUAAGGGUGGGUACGCCACUGGCUCGGCGUGAAGAUGGGAAGCCGGUGAAGGGACACUCCGUCUUCACUCUUCACCCGCGUCGGAAGGGCGACUUGGUGUUGUGUUACCGCGGGCAGGUGCUUCGCCGGCGAUGCCUGUUGAAAGGGAGUCGAGCCCAGCGGUUCCAUUUUGCCAUGGAUGCCGAGUGGGCAAUGGAUGGGGGGACCGGUGGACCCCGGCCCUAUGCCGCACACGUGGCCGCCUUUCUCAACAGCCCUGCAGGUUGCUUGGAUGAGUCCGGGGCCACUCUGCAAGCGAAUCUUCGGGUCCGCAUCGACCCGUCGCAGGGCUUGGGCCCACAUGCUGUGCAACUGCUGGCCGCCCGAGACAUCGAGGCGGGUGAGGAAUUGUGCUUCGACUACGGCGACAGCCACCAGCUUGAUGAUCUAAGCUCGGACUCGGAUGACGAGGACCCCGUUUGGCUUGCAUUAUCCAAGUUGAUGGCGAGCGACGGCGAUGCCAAGACUUCCCCGCGAAACAAAAGAGGACUGCCUGCCAAGCCGAGUGACUCCAACCCGGAUCCAGUGCCGGCCACAGUCAAUGCCGUGGCUUUCAGGACCAUCUUUACCAAGAUGGACUUCGUGGAACGAAUUCGCGAUGUGCGCUACAAGGGGAAAUGUCCGAGGAUCCUGUCGGCAGAGGAGACGUUGCUGAUCAAUUCCUUCUACCUGCGGUUCUCUCAGAAGGCCAGGCAGCAUGGCAUCAAAGUGACGUCGCCUGUCUGCUCGCAGUGGACGCAAAAAUACAGACCGGAGGCGCCUCCGGAGAAGAGGUCUUACGAGUGGUACUUCCCCGAGACCGGCGAACGACUGCACCUCGGCUUGCAUGACGCCAAAGAAGAGGAGGAUCUGUGGAUCUUCCUGCGACAGCUGACAGGCUUAGAGGAUCUGGAGGCCGCGAAGGCGUUUGCUUGGUCGAAUGCUGGCAAUUCCGGCCUUGAGGCUUUCUGCAAGGAAGACGUCCAUUUGCUGACUGGUGCUCUGGUGCGCUGGUCAGAGAAGGCUCGAAUGCAGGGGCUCCUAAGUUCAACAAGGCUGAAGUCGGUUGGCCAGGAUGGCAAGCAACUCGAGUUCUUGCUGUCCAACAACGAGACAUUGUGGCUGAGCGUGGACGACAUGUCUCCGGAGCAGGACAUUUGGGUAUUCCUGCUGGAUCUUAGCCGCGUCCCCAUGGAGAGCCUGGUGCCUGCGGAGCCUGCGGAAGAGACAGAUCCGUGGCAGGAUGGCUCUUGGAAGCGCCUGGCAAAGGAGAUGUGGGAGCGGAAGCCGGAGGAGCAAGAGCAGCCGAAGAAGGAAGAAGCCAAGCAGAAUUGGUGGGAAGACAAGGACUGGCAUGGACAGAAGUAUCGAGAUCGAGACACCGGCGGCUGGGGUCGAAAUGGCAACCAGCGAUGGGACAACUGGGACAAUCACAGGCGGGGUGCCUUGGCACAGCUGCUGGGUACAGUGCGUGGCUUAUCUGGCGAUGUGAAACGCAAAAGUCUGCUGUGCCCUCUCAUGCCUCAGGUGCAGCUGUGUGUGCUGGACCGCGCUGGCAAAGGCUCCAAAGAGCUGGAGAAGAAUGAGGAUAAGACCCUGACCUUCCGAGAGGAGGACGGCUUGACCAAGCUGGUGCCGCUAAUCCCGGAGCCACACGCAGACCGCAAGCAGGAACUGAAAAAGUACACCGUGGCUGAGGUGGCGAAGCACAACUCACGAGAGAGCAUCUGGGUCAUCAUCGACGGCCGUGUUUACGACCUCACCAGGUACGUCGACAAGCAUCCUGGUGGGCACCUGAUGAUCGAGAACAUGGCGGGGAAAGACU